GGCCUGGCCCUCGUUGUCUAGAUUUUAUCGAGUGACUAAAGCGUGAAUGAUUCAAGAUAUAAGGUCUAGCAAGUUGCCAAGUAUAUUAUAUUUUCUCCUCAUCACAUUCGCAGCCUUUCUUUCAGCUCUAUCUACAUUCUCUUCCUUUCAGUUCUGAGAACUUUAACUCUUAUACAUUCUUUAAAUCUUAAUCUUUGCAAUAAAUUUAUAUUCAACUUAGGCCGGUCCUUCUUUAUACACUUGUUUUUGCCAAUUGCCAUCUAUUUACGAACUUUGAAUUUUUAUUACUAUCAACUUCAAUCACUCCAAUAUCAUCAUCAUGAAGUACGAAACCGCAACCCUUUUGAUCGCCGCUCUCGGCUUGGUAUCUGCUGCUCCCGUCGCAGAACCAAAGAACACAUUCAAUCUUCCAACGAUACCAAAGCGAAUGCUAAGAGGACGUGAGGUUCCUCAAGAACAUUCCCACAAUCGAUUCCUCGAUGGUGUUCGUGUCAAUCUAAACAUCAACAAUCCAAACAAGAUCCAAGAUCCAGUCUUUGGUCUUUUGGGUAAUGCUGCUGCCUUGAAAGGAGCUGGAACAAUCGCAAAUCCAGAUUGUCUUCAUCAAGCUACUGCCGAUCAAGCUUUCACUAAUGCCAAGGCUGCUAAUAAUGUAACCGGUAUGGCUGAUGCAUUGAUGUAUGCAGCAAUUGAAAGAAAUACAGCAUCAGUUGGUCUUGCAUCUGUCAUUUGCAACGAAACUGCCGUCAAUCCCGAGAUUCAAGCUGUCCAACAACAUCAAGAUCCAGCUUCACCAAACGCCGCCGCUACCAAUAAGGCCAUUGUUCUUUCCCUCGCUAAACAACUUGCUGCUAUCGGGGCAGAUCCUCAAGAAGCUCUUCUUUCGGGUACAUUUGCACCAGGAACUAUCGGUGAUACAACUGGUGCUGGGAAUACUUGUGACGACGAAGCUGAUUCACCUGGUUGUAUCUUCACGAAAAACCUCAUCGUUAAUGAUGCCACCGCCGAGGAAAUCACCGCAGCUGUCGCAGGAAUUUCGGCAAAUUCCACUUCUACCGCCGUCACCACUUCUAUCUCAUCGAGUAACUCAACUUCGAACACUACAGGUAGCGAGUGUGCCGCCGCAGUAACAAGUACAAUUACCGCCGUUGCCGCUAUCGCGACGGAUUCAUCAUCAAUGUUAUCUCUCGCUUCCGUUGCUUCUGUAGCAGCAACCUCAAUUGCAUCAGUCGCCUCUUCUGCAUCCGCAGCAGCAGCAGCUUCAUCUACCGGAACUACUGCCACAGGAACAAAUGUCCAAACUUUCACUGGAACACUAGGUGGAGCACCUCCCCCAGUUACUUCCUCAGCAGGUGAUCGUCCUUUCUCGGUUAACGGAGAUUCGUUUGUGGGUGAAGGGGCAGCACUUCAAAGAAGCUGCAGUGUACAACAUAAUGCCUGUUCGAGGGCAGCAAAUAGUGGGAGUUUGGCGGGUGGAGUAGAACAAUGCGAAACGCAAGAGACGGCUUGUAAUGCUGCAUCUGGGGCGGCGAAAAAGUUGAGACGACAGGCUAUGAUGUUUUAGAUGGAACAUGUGGCUAGUUUGGUUUAUUAAUGUUGGUGGGCGGGGUGGUGGAAAAACGAAGAUGAAUGAAUAUGCACGAGAUGAUAUGGGAAAGGGAAAGGGAAAGGGCGAAAGGAAGGGCUGGCAAGUUGUGUGGCGUUCAAUCUGUAAUGAUAUAGGUAUAAGAAUAUACAAUUGAUACCA